GCACGAGGAGGAGAAGAAGAAGAAGAAGAAGAAGCUGGAGAGAGAGUGAGGAAAAGUAAAACAUGACGAAGUGGAAGAGGAACAAGGAAGACAGCCCCAAAGUGCUCGUAAUUGGAGUCACAAGUAGUCAUGCGUAGUCAGCAUGACAGAAGGGAAGUGUCCUGAGACAGAGCUGCACUGUCUGCGUCCCAAACUCUCCGCUACACCUCUGCACUCUUAUUCCUGCUGCUCGCGCAUUAAACUUUCAUAAACACUUAGUAAAGUCAGCUUUAGUCGCGUGACUUUGUUUACAUGGGUUUACCAGAGGCGUUAGAGUUGUACUUCAUGUGAGUCGACAGCACAACAUGUAUUGAUAGGAGGAGAAAGACAACACCAUGGCAGACACAAGGACUUUCAACGUUGUGAUUUUGGGUGUGGGGUUUUUGUUCCUCUUCACCGCCUUCACCACCUGUGGAAACGUAGAACAAACUGUAGUGAAAAGCCUGCAGAAUGGCACUUUCACUGGGAGUGGGUACCACAGUCUUGGAAUCAUCUAUGGGGUCUUUUCCUUCGCCAAUCUCCUGGCACCAGCAGUCGUUGCAGUGAUUGGACCCAAACUGACGAUGUUUUUCAGUGGCCUACUUUACAGCGGGUACAUUGCUGUGUUCAUCAUCCCUUCGACGUGGUCCUUUUACCUGACCUCUGUACUGAUCGGCGUAGCAGCAGCCCUGCUCUGGACGGCUCAAGGACACUUUCUGGUGGAGAACUCUGACGCGUCCACCAUCAACAGGAACACAGCGGUGUUCUGGGCUCUCCUCCAGUGCAGCAUGUUGUUUGGAAACCUUUACAUCUAUUUUGACUGGAACGGGAGGACGGAGAUAUCCGACAGCAGCAGGAAAAACAUUUUUCUGUCCCUGUUGGUCACCUCCGUACUCGGCACGCUCAGCUUCCUGGUGUUGAGAAAGAGCCAUCACGAAGAGGAGCUGCUCUCCGAAGAGGAAGGGCAGUCGCUGCUCUCGGCCCGCGGGAUGUAUAAGAACAGAGCAAACACUGCCGUGCAGGAUGCCAAGUCAGAGUUCGAAACCAUGCUGCAACUUGUGAAGACUAAAACGAUACUGCUCCUGAGUCCCUGCAUGGCAUACAGCGGCCUGGAGCUAUCCUUCUACAGCGGAGUGUACGGGACGUGUAUCGGAGCAACUACGCAUUUCGGAGCAGCCGCUAAAGGCUUGAUUGGGAUCUCUGGGAUCGCGGUAGGCAUUGGAGAAAUUGUGGGCGGAGGCUUGUUUGGAUUGUUGUGUAAGAACAAUCGCUUCAGACGGACCUCUGUGGUGUUUCUGGGGAUGGUUGUCCAUUUUGUCGCCGUCUAUUUGAUCUUCCUCAACAUCCCAGAUGAUGCCCCCGUCGUCUUUAAUACCACCACCCAAAAUCAACCAUAUCUAUCUCCAAGUGUUUCCAUCGCCCUGCUGUGCAGCUUCCUGCUUGGACUCGGGGACAGUUGUUUCAACACGCAGCUCUACAGCAUAUUAGGCUGUGUUUAUGCUGAACAAAGCACGUCUGCUUUUGCCAUCUUCAAAUUCAUCCAGUCUGUGUUUGCAGCCGUGGCGUUCUUCUACAGCGGUUACCUCCUGCUGAAGUGGCAGCUCCUGCUGAUGGUCGUCCUGGGCUUCGCUGGAACGCUCUGCUUCUUCGUGGUGGAGCGGCUGCAGAACUUGUCUGUAGAUCUGCAGGAAUAUUAGAAAGAGGUUUUGUGGGAGGACCUGCGGCCAUCAGAAGAACAAUCCUGCAUCUCUUUUAUCUCAUGGGGGGCAAACUUGUAUUACAAUGCACUGUUUGCAUGACAUCAUAGUUUGAGCUUCAGAAGAUUUGAAUAUCAUAACCUGGAUCGUACAUUGCACUCUGUUCUAACAACCCAACAUUACACAACGUCAUCGUUAAUCUUUAACAUUGUUUCUCUCCUGCACCGCUGCACUCUGGUUCUUACUGUACCAUUUUAAAAAUAACCACUUUAUUUUAUACCUAACUUGCAUUUGCUUCCAGCUCAGGUCUUGUUGUUGAAGGCGUAAUGUUAAAACUAUUUGUUAUGUAACUGUUUUAAUCUGUUUAUAGUUUGUCAUAAUGAUUGACAGUUUGAUAAAAAUAGAUGAUAGAAAUGCAGAAAAUGCCUGACAAUCAUUGUUUUUAGCUUUUUUUUUAAUUUUGCAUAUUGUCAAUGUUUCUCCCAAUUUUGUGAAUCUUAAUAAAGUGUUAAUUAAAAAAGUCUAUGUAUAGAUAAAUAUUAACGUAUGUACUGAGGUCAUACUUAUCGAUUACGUCGCUUAUGUCCCUUCACGCGGCCUGUGGUUACUCUCGCCACAACGUGAUCCAGGUCGUUGUCGCACAAAACAAUAAAUCUUCUGGUUUUAAUCCUGA